CUCCUAGGAGGCCGGGAGUGGGGGGCGGAACUAGGGGCAGGGGCGCGCUUUUCCGGGAGGAGUGGAAGGGAGAUCCGGAUUCCGGACAGUCCGCGCGCUUGGAGCUAACGGGAGGCGCAGAUACAGCUUUUACAGUCAAUUUGCUUCUAUAUAUUUGUCCGUGCCCUGUCACCACCAGAUCAAGGAGGAAGAUUAACACCUUAAGAUGAGAAAAAUUGAUCUGUGUUUGAGCUCUGAGGGGACUGAAGUGAUUUUAGCUACAUCAAGUGAUGAAAAACACCCACCUGAAAAUAUGAUUGAUGGGAAUCCAGAAACAUUUUGGACCACAACAGGAAUGUUUCCCCAAGAGUUCAUUAUUUGUUUUCACAAACAUGUAAGGAUUGAAAGACUUGUAAUCCAAAGUUACUUUGUGAGGACCUUGAGGAUUGAAAAGACCACAUCUAAAGAGCCAGUUGAUUUUGAGCCAUGGAUUGAAAGAGAUCUAGUCCACACAGAGGGGCAGCUGCAAAAUGAAGAAAUUAUGACACGAGAUGGCCACGCCACUUAUUUGAGAUUCAUGAUUAUAUCAGCCUUUGAUCAUUUUGCAUCUGUGCAUAGUGUUUCUGCAGAGGGACUAGCAGUCUCAGAUCUUUCUUAGUAAUUAUAACCAAAUACUCUUGCAUGAUUUUUUUAACAAUAUAUUUAUUUAAACAUGAAGUUGUCAUUGAUAUGCUUUCAUUAAAGGGAUUUGUAUCAA